AUGGAUCCGAAGGAGAGAGCGUAUCAUGAAGGCUUCAUGCGAGAGGCUAUUGCCAUGGCUGAACUUGCACUCAAGAGCGAUGAGACCCCCGUCGGCUGUGUCUUCGUCAGGGACGGCGAGGUGAUUGGACGAGGCAUGAACGAGACAAAUCGGACCCUGAACGGUACCCGCCACGCCGAGUUCGUCGCCAUCGCUGGCAUCUUGUCAAAGCACCCCAUCAGCAUCCUCAACGAGACAGACCUCUAUGUCACCGUUGAGCCGUGCGUUAUGUGUGCGUCCAUGCUGCGCCAGUACGGCAUUCGAGCCGUCUACUUCGGAUGCUGGAACGAGCGUUUUGGCGGCACCGGAGGUGUUCUGAACAUUCACUCUGAUGCUAGCGUCGACAAGCCCUAUCCAGUCACCGGCGGCAUCUUCCGAGAGGAAGCAAUCAUGUUGCUCCGGAAAUUUUACGUCCAAGAGAACGAAAAGGCCCCCGAGCCCAAACAGAAGAAGACGAGGGAGCUGAAGACAGAGAUCCUGCCAAUGGACGUUCACCAACCCAAGUCGACCCCAUCACCUGCUAUUCGUGCUCCGGCUAAUGCGACCUCGACCGGAUCCAUCCCGACACUGUCUUCUUUGAGCGCAUCCGCCGCCGCUGCAGCUGUUGCGGUCCCCAAGACUGUGUUUCCCACGCCCGGCCAGGCUCGACCCAGCUCUGCCAGCACAGCUCUUGCUUGA